AGGCAGCCAGUGAGAGGCCGGUGCAGCAUUCAGCGGCUCCCCUCCGCAGGCGGCAGACGGCGGCCCAUCCCUCCGCUUCUUUCCUACUUUCUUCCCGCUCCGUCGCUCAGCCAAGGCGAAGAAAUGUCUGCCAGACAGGGCUUCUACCGGCAGGAGCUAAACAAGACGGUGUGGGAGGUUCCGGAGCGGUACCAGAACCUGACGCCGGUGGGCUCCGGAGCCUACGGAUCCGUGUGCUCGGCGUACGACGUGGUCCUGAGGCAAAAGGUCGCCGUGAAGAAGCUCUCCAGGCCUUUCCAGUCCCUCAUCCACGGCCGCCGCUCGUACCGCGAGCUCAGGCUGCUCAAGCACAUGAAACACGAGAACGUUAUCGGGCUGCUGGACGUCUUCACUCCUGCUGCAACCUUAGAGGACUUCAACGAGCUCUACCUGGUGACGAACCUGAUGGGUGCGGACCUCAACAACAUCGUCAAGUUUCAAAGGCUUUCUGACGAGCACGUGCAGUUCUUGAUUUACCAGCUGCUCCGCGGGCUUAAGUACAUCCACUCGGCAGGACUGAUCCACAGAGACCUCAAACCCAGUAAUGUUGCAGUAAAUGAAGACUGUGAGCUGAGGAUCCUUGACUUUGGGUUAGCCAGACAGACGGACGACGAGAUGACCGGGUACGUGGCGACUCGCUGGUAUCGAGCGCCUGAGAUCAUGCUGAACUGGAUGCACUACAACCAGAACGUUGAUAUUUGGUCUGUGGGUUGCAUUAUGGGAGAGCUGCUGAAAGGGAAGGUCCUCUUUCCCGGAACGGACUACAUUGAUCAGCUGAAGAGAAUCAUGGAGGUGGUUGGUACUCCUACACCAGACCUUCUGAAGAAGAUCUGCUCUGAACAUGCGCAGAAAUACAUCCAGUCCCUGCCCUUCAUGCCCCAGCAAGACCUGGCAAAGAUCUUCAGAGGGGCAAACCCCCUGGCCGUUGAUCUACUAAAGCGCAUGCUGGUUCUGGAUUGCGAUGGGAGGAUCUCGGCUAGUGAAGCCCUGUCCCACCCCUACUUCUCCCAGUACCACGAUCCAGACGAUGAACCAGAGGCUCCACCUUACGACCAAACGCCGGAGAGCAAGGACCGAACUUUGGAAGAAUGGAAAGAGUUGGUGUUUGAAGAAGUAAACAGCUUUAAAACAUCUGGCAGCAAGACGGACAGCCUUCAGGUGGAGCAGUGAACUUCAGCUUUGCCUUAUUCUCCACCUGAAGAAGGACCUCACGUACUUAGAGAACGAAAGAAAGACUUUGGAGAUGCCUGUCUUGAACUGAGUUGACUUGAUUGAAGCAUCACGGAGCAAAGGUCCAUGUGGGAUCAGAUAAAUAGAGGAUGGAUUUCAGAAUCAAGGACCUCUGCCCCGCAGACACUAGCAUCCUGUUGUGUUUCCCCUCAGAGACGGAAAAAGAGGAACCAGCCAACAUCAGGGACAUGUGAGGAUUCAUAUAAGGGGAGAAAUAUAAGGCAGCUGUGUAAAACAAGUGAAAGAAGGGAAGUAUGAUAAAAAUGCACUCCUAGCUUUUCAAAGCAACAGGGAAAUUUUGUAUUUCCUUUUCACCAUCAUAAACGCUAACUCAUAUUUAAAGGCUCACAGCAACGCCAUCUCACAUCACAGAGAAUCAGCUUAGCUUGCCUACUGCUGAUGCAUGACUAGUGCAUUUAACUGUUUCAGCAUACUACUGGUACAUGUAUCACAAUAAUAAAACAUUCACUAAGUGUUAUAAAACACUAUUAUGAAGGAAAGAGACGGACGCUAAAGGAAAAUGGACCAAACUCAUGUACAGACUAUGAUUUCGUACAUGUACACAAACUACCUAAUGCAUUCGCUGCUGCCUACAAAAUAAAAUCCCAAACUCUGCUAUUUAUGCUCAAGCUAAUCAAUCACCGGUAUUCCAGACAGAGUGUCUGGAUUUAAGGCUUUUGUUAAUAUUAUUCUUCUGCUUGAGGUUUAGUUACUGGAGAAGCUUGAUGAUCAGGAACUUGUUGGCUUUGUCAGAAACCAUUUUUGCUUUAACAUCAAAUUUGUUUACAAAAAUGAGGGUUCAAGAAAUCCAGAGGUGUUCUAUGAGGGUAUCUAAUGCUGGAAUCAAAUAGUCUUACAUAACUUUAAUAAAGCAGGAACUGACCAAAAACCACAGGCUGGUGACUCAUACUAGGUGACAUUGUGUGGCCAUUUGGAAAAACAACAACAACCUGCUUGUUCUUUCUCAAGUUACUACAAAUGUUAUGUAGCAUUGUUAUCCCAAAGAAAACCGGAUGAAGAUCAAGAGAAAGGUCAAGUGUUUGCCACAGACAGGGACAAAAUUGUUGAUACUGUUCUGUUAAGGCCGUCUCACACAGCCUAUAUGUACAUUUAGUGCAUAUUGCACGGAUAAAAAUUGGUCAAACAUGAAUAUAUGUGUAAAAAGUGAAAAUAUUUGUGGUCUGUACGUGAAAUUUUCAUUCAUGUACCACGUUAAAAACCACGGAAGACGUACGAAUAAACCGAGCAAAGAAAACGUAGAACUACGUAAAAGCCAAAUCUGACCCAAAAUUUGUGUGUCAAUUAUGUCAUUUUAUCGGGAUAUGUGCUACGUAUACACGAUAUUAAAGUUAUAAAUCAGUGGUACAUGCAUGCAUUUCGCAAAAAUCUCGCACCAUUGUCCAAGACUUCUGUAAUAAAUGUGCAAAAAAUAUGCACAAACUGUGUAAUUUAACCGACCAAACAUGUUGAUCAUAUCCAAACCGAAUUUACGUAAAGACCCGUCAGCCGAAACCCUCGAUGGACAUCUGUGCAUAUUGACAUAUGCUAGAAACACUAAUGAAUUACGAAUAUCACGCAUGUAUCACAAAAGACCAGCAUUUUAAAUUUGGAAAAUGCACAAAAUGUACAUAGUGGCAACUGCUUUUGAAUCGUUGUGAAAGAGAACCAUUAAAGAAAAACAACCAAUUAAAAUGGGGUGAUAGUCCCACAGCUCCAUAUUUGGCAUUCUGUGCGCAUUAAUAAGUAUUCUGGCCAACCUCUCUUGAGUAAACUGCUCCAAUUAUCUCAGGUUUUGAAGGAGGAUUUUAGCUAGCAAGUGGUUAGCCAACAUGCUAACUCUACACACUAACCUAUAAUCCAAGCAGCAUUCAUGAUAAACUAUAAUUUAGCACAACACAUAUUUAAGCACAUUUAGAGGUUUAAUUAUUUAGACAUUCUGUAAGAAGUGAACUUAAACAUUUUGGAUUUGUGUAACAGGUUGAUAUCAAAAUUAGCAUUUUUUCUGUUAUGCUAAUUAAGUUUGAGCUCUGAAGUUUGAACUCAUAAAGUUAAGUUUAACUUUACUAUGAAUUUACUUUAACUGAAUAAUAAAUUCACUCCCUAGUAGCCGAAUAGUUCUUGAAGAUUGUGAGGUUUGUUUUUUUUCGGCGUUGUUUUCUCCUAGAAUGCUACAUGUAGCCUUGUGUGUGAGUUGUCUGUUUACAAAAGCAAAAAAAUGAUUAUUUAAUAUUCAAGUGCAUCCGAAGUGUCCUGGUAAGAGUUUAUUAGAGCUCUGAAUGUUAAAGUAUCGCGUGCUUGUCGAUGUUGUACAUGUGGUGGAAAUGACUAGCAAUGAACUGCACACUGAAUGUUACAGUGGUUACACGACUAUAUGUUGGCAUGUGAAUCUGUUUCUGAAAUGAAUGUCGGUUCUCAGUUUGCAAAUGAUGUUGUUUUUCUGCAGAUAGAUUUGCAGGUUUCAACUUAAAGUAUUUAGUUAGACGUUCAUACAUGUUUAAUAUAAAAGCCGUAAAUGGAAUGUUUGAUUCCCGUUUGAUUUUCAAUUAAUGUUCAAUUACUCAUUAAAGGGCCAAUAUCAUGCUA